AUGUCCCUCCUAGAUGAUGGAAACACACCCAGCCUCACAAGGGCGAAUGAGGGGGAGGGGCAAGAAAGAGCAAAAAGUGGGACAAAAUGGAUAAAAAAGAAUAAUAGUAAGCUAGAUAGGAAUGCGGUUGCGGUGCCUGAAAUUCUGGGGAUGAUUAUGGCUUGGGAAACAGCCACAGUCAUCGAUCAAUCGAAUUUGUGUGGCUGUGGCUGGUGUAUUAUUCAGAAUAGUUAUGUAACUAGUUAUGGAUGGCCGGCCCCACCGUCGGAGAAGGGUCUGGUUUCCCCGGCAUGUAUUUGCCGUGUUUUGGGCUUGAAUGCCCUGGAGGUGCGUUCCAGAGUUAAAGAUAGAAGUACUAUACCAACUGACGCCUGUGUUUCUUUCAAGGUGAUGGCUUUCAGUGGCAUGCGCAAGUCGCAUGGUUCAUGCUUCAUUGAUAGCACUCGUCGUGUCAGUCCCUGGAUAAGGAGGGGCAUGCUAGAUAGCAACCAGAAUGUCACAUCGAUCGGUAUAUCCAACCGUGAGUUCAUAGAUAGUCAGCGCUACUUAAGAGAUAUGAACUUCGGAUACGUGGAAGUGGCCGGACGACACUUGCGUGGAUCCAGAAGAUGGCGUGCUUUUUCAGCUAUCAAGAAGAGCCAUUUACCUAACGGGUCCAAGCUAUGCUAUGAAUGCAAGGGAUGUAUAUACCGUUGGACGAAUAAGGUAGCUGGGUCUGAUGCAACCAGCAAACGGGUAGAAGCUGAUAAGCACUUAUUAACGUGUAUCUAG